CCAACAGAAACAAGUUGAAGGAUCCCCUUUAAACACAGUAAAUCACCCCCAGGGUCUUGUGUUCAGUCCAUUAUCCGUCCAGUUAUAGUUUGAAGCAACUGUUUUGGGAUCGAGGACUUGUUUAUCGCACUAUGGGGAAUGGCAGAACGUACACGAGAGGACUGUGUAUCACUUUCAAUGUCCUGCUUCUGGUAUCUGGGGUAUUUCUGUUCGUAGUUGGCGUUUCAUACAGCUUCCAACACCCUCCUGAGUUCGACCAUCGGAGUACCCUCCAUGAGAUGUACGUACUAAAUGUGUUUGGACCCAUGACGGUACUGUUCUCCAUCCUGGGAGGCUACGCUGCCUACAGAGACAAGAGAAUACUGCUGAUCCUGAUGGAGGAGAUUCUGGACAGAAGGUUUCAAUCUGUGACUCCUCUUCACGAUACUGAACCGCAAGUCCAGAGGGAGCUGAACAAACUCCAGGCAUCAGAUCAAUGCUGUGGACUGCGUGGCCACUCAGACUGGGGUUGUCACAUUCCACUCUCCUGCUACUGUCCUCCACAACCUCCAGACAACUCAUUGGACAGUCUAUGUGAGACUGUAAAUCUAGGCCUACAGAACACUAUGCUAGACUGUCAGCGCAAUAACACACACGGACAAACUACAACUUCAGUGUCCCAGGAGCGCUGGGUGUACAGCAAGCCUUGUGGUCCCAUCCUGAAGAGACACAUGAACUUCCUGAUUCAGAUCAUGAUCGGAUUCAUCUCUACAUUUGCCACCAUUAUGAUUGCUGCCAUAGUGAUGUCUCUGGUAGUGCUGGCCCUCCAGAUUCGGUCCACAGAGCCACCGCUCAACGACAGCCUCGACAGAGUCAAGUACCAACUCAGUCCUCUAGCUGUCACCUGACCUCAGCGUCAACACCACAGAUAACCCUGCUCUGCACGAGGACGAGAACUUGAUUCAUAUAUACCAAACUGUUAUCCUCCUGCUGGUAUUUUGUUUGGAACACUAGCUACAGUGAAAAUCAACACACGGCUAAAUUCCAGUGCCUGAACUCAAAUGAAAAACAAACACACGGCUAAAUUCCAGUGCCUGAAACGUUCCAGUGCCUGAACUCAAAUGAAAAAAAUUAAACACAUGGUGUGGCUCUCAUCCCACCUCUUCCCUGCUGUACAGUUUGGUUAAAGUCUGGGUUUCGUUUGAUUUCCUGCACAUGAUACAUGCCAAUUGUUCCCCUCAGAUCUAACUAUUGUACCUUGUUGUUAAAGUGCAUAAAAAAAUAAUGAAACUGCAUGUUAAUAAUGAGUGUAUAAGUGUGGUAUGACAAUGGUGAAUGAACAAGCCAUUAUGAAUAUCUGUCCAACAUGGUGAAAGGUUUGUCAUCCUCACAACAACAAGCAUCAUGUCAGUAAACAACCAGCUCAGAGUUAAUAAAAUGAUAUGAUUUAAAUCAUUA